CCAUUUUCGCAUCGUCAGCUUCUCCUUCUCUUCAGCUGAGCGUUCACCUCCAAGGCAGCUCGCAUCUACACUUCUCCAGCUCCAUUUCCAUCCAGGCAUCAUUUCCAGUCAUUCACAAUGUCUGGCGCAGUCGCGGAUCUCGGCCUCAUUGGUCUGGCCGUCAUGGGUCAGAACCUGAUCCUGAACAUGGCCGACCAUGGCUUCACCGUCUGCGCCUUCAACCGCACCGUUUCCAAGGUCGACGCCUUUCUCGCUAACGAGGCCAAAGGCAAGUCUAUCGUCGGGGCGCACUCAACUGAGGAGUUCGUCUCCAAGCUGAAGAAGCCCCGCCGGGUCAUGCUCCUUGUCCAGGCGGGCAAGCCCGUUGACGACUGGAUUGAGACCCUGCUGCCCUUGCUCGAACGUGGGGACAUCAUCAUCGACGGCGGCAACUCGCAUUUCCCCGACUCCAACCGGAGAACAAAGUACCUUGCUUCCAAGGGUAUCCGCUUCGUUGGUUCCGGCGUCUCGGGCGGUGAGGAGGGUGCUCGCUAUGGCCCCUCCCUCAUGCCUGGUGGCCACGAGGAGGCCUGGCCCUUCAUCAAGGACAUCUUCCAAAGUAUCGCCGCCAAGAGCGAGGGCGAGGCCUGCUGCGAGUGGGUUGGUGAUGAAGGUGCUGGUCACUACGUCAAGAUGGUGCACAACGGCAUCGAAUACGGCGACAUGCAGCUCAUCUGCGAGGCCUACGACAUCAUGAAGCGUGGCUUGGGCAUGAGCAACAAGGCGAUUGGCGAUGUCUUCACCAAGUGGAACACAGGCGUCCUCGAUUCCUUCCUGAUUGAAAUCACAAGGGAUAUCAUGUACUUCAAUGACGAUGACGGCACUCCUCUUGUCGAGAAGAUCCUGGACAAGGCCGGGCAGAAGGGCACCGGCAAGUGGACGGCAGUGAAUGCCCUGGACUUGGGCAUGCCCGUCACGCUGAUUGCCGAAGCUGUGCUCGCCCGUUGUCUGUCCGGCAUCAAGGAUGAGCGUACAAAGGCCUCAACCAAGCUCGAAUUUGUCAGCCGUGCCAAGACCUUCGAGGGCAACAAGGAGCAAUUCCUGGAGGACCUCGAGCAGGCCCUCUACGCAUCCAAGAUCAUCUCGUAUGCGCAGGGCUUCAUGCUCAUGCAGGAGGCGGCCAAGGAGUACAAGUGGAAGCUCAACAAGCCCUCAAUCGCCCUCAUGUGGCGCGGUGGGUGCAUCAUCCGCUCUGUGUUCCUCAAGGACAUUACGGCGGCCUACCGCAACAACCCCGACCUGGAGAACCUGCUCUUUGACGAUUUCUUCAACAAGGCCAUCCACAAGGCGCAGCCCGGCUGGAGAGACGUGGUCGCCAAGGCUGCCCUGCUUGGUAUCCCGACUCCUGCGUUUUCCACGGCUCUGUCGUGGUUCGAUGGUUACCGGACAAAGGACCUGCCCGCCAACCUCCUGCAGGCUCAGCGUGACUAUUUCGGUGCGCACACCUUCAGGAUCAAGCCUGAGGCGGCGAGUGCCAACUACCCCGUGGACAAGGAUAUCCACGUAAACUGGACCGGACGCGGCGGCAACGUUUCGGCCUCAACAUACCAGGCCUAAGAAAAGUUGGUCAUUUUGGUGCUGGCAAGUCGACAGAUAGCUCCAGGUAGACACAAGAUAGAGAUCGUUUUCAAGUAAUAAUGCCUUGCUCAAGAGGACAACUGUAAACAAUAAAAAAGCAAGAAUACCCAAGGAGAACCCUUCAUGGGGUUUGGCUCCUGAGUUUGCAGCUCGGUUAGCAAUGUUGUACAGCAUUUGAAUAUCGAAGUCACGUGCCGGCUGCCCCACCGUGCCACCCCUGCGGCCACCAG